CACUGGUGGACGUGCCUCCCUGUCCUUGUGUCCUGCCAGCUGCCCCACUAGUGGGCCAGGCCCGUCCCCGUGGCCCCAAGGAUCUUCAGGUCGCCAGCUGCUGGGCGCACCAUUGCUGGAUGGCCACCUGUGGGCUGCUCCUGCCCCGGAGGCUGCUCCUGCUGGGGAUGGCCGCCCUGGCUGCGUCCGCUCCGGAGACAGCCGACCUGGUGGACCUGUGCGGGCAGGCUUGGCGCGGGGACGCGCUGCUGCUGCGCUCGCACUCCGCGUCGCGCAAGUUCUACUUCGUGGCUCCGCACACGGACUGCGGGCUUUGGAUGCACGCAGCAGCCGCAGGCGACAGGAUCCGCUUCCAAUUCCACUUCUUCCUGGUCUACAGCCUGACCUCGGGGGCCCGGGAGCCCAACGUCUCCUCCCUGGCGCCCGCAGACCCGUGCGCCCCAGGCUCCUACCUGCAGUUCUACGAGGGGCCGCCGGGGGCGCCCCGGCCCCUGGGGCCUCCCCUCUGCGGCCUGACCAUCCCGGCCGCGGUGGCAUCCUCGGGAAGCUCCCUAGGGCUGCGCCUGGUCACUAGAGGCCGCCAGCCCCGCGUGGACUUUGUGGGUGAAGUCACCUCUUUCCGGCUGGGACCCUGUGGAGCCUAUUUCGGCUGUCAGAAUGGCAGGUGCAUCCCACCGAGCCUGGUGUGUGACCCCUGGGGCAUGGACAACUGUGGUGACAGCAGUGACCAGGGCUCCUGGCCACCAGCCAGCUGUAGAGGUCCCUCUGCAGUACCCAGAUGGACCAGGAGCACACAUGACAACGCCUCUGAGCCCCUGGCUCUCAGCUCUGCAGACCCCCUCCAGAUCACGGCCCAGACAAGCCCCCCAGGAAGCGGGGACCCUGCCCAGGAGGACGCAGUUUUGGAAGGCCCUGGGUUACAGGGGAUGGCGCUGGCCUCCUCUCUGCUGCUGGCCUCUGCUGGCCUCUUCGUGGGCCUCCUGUGGUGCUGCUGCUCCCUGGGCUGGCUGGCCUGGGAACCUGGGGUCCAAGGCCUCCGCCUCCAACGCAGUGCACCCUGCAACAUCUGCCACACGUGUCCUGACCGGGUAGCCCCUGGGGGGCUACGGCAGAGUGGGCUGGCCUUCCAGGAUCGGGAGACCGUCCCUAGAGAGGCUGUGGGGGUCUGGGGACGAGAGUGGGCUCUGGGGCCAGACACGCCCUGAGCUCCAAGUCCUGGCUGGCUGGCGGGCCUUGGGCAGGUCACUCGUGCCUCUGAGACUCUGUCUACCCCUCUGGAGAAGAGUGCAAGUCCCGCUGCCCGGGCGUGAGGGUCACAGGAGCUAAAGCACACACAUAACUGGUCCCGUGGCGUGGGGAAGGGGGACAG